AUGCAGACGGGCGCGGCAGGGCCGACCGUGGCCUCAACGGGCACGGCCGGGGGGGACAAGUCCCGGAAGAAGAAGGCGGCGCGCGGUCAUCCGUGUUCCUCGGCUUCAAAGCGACGGGCAUCGGAGGACGACGUCGCUCAGUUGCGGCAAGAGAACACGCGACUGAGGGCCGAAAAUGCAGGCCUGGAGAAGGUGCUCAGGGAACAGUUGGGUCGGGUGGACAACUUGGUGUCGGUGACCAGUGGAUGCCUUGCCAAGGUCAUGGCUUUGGCCAAACAGGUCGCCGUCAGCGACAAGAAUGCGGCGAAACGUCUCGAAGUCGCCACGUUGGCCAUGUCGACCACCAUCAUAGGCAACAUCACCGACAGCAUUGCCGGCGCCUUGCAGUCGAUGAAGAACGUCGCCGAACUGGUGACGAAGUGGCUGGACGACUUUGACAGUCCCACCGGAACUCAGGCAGUCGAACGCGCAACAGCGGUUACCACCUUGGGCUAUCACGUGACCGCUGAGGUGGAUGAGGCGAGGCGGGCUUUGGAGGAGACGUUCAUUAGCCACAUCGGCGCCGCGCAGACCUACAUAGCAGACGCGGUCACUCGCAACAUCGUCUUGCCGCCGCCGCCACCGUCUCCCGCCACCGCCUCUCCAACGCACGCCUUACCGGACGAGCUCAUGAAGUCGUUCAAGGCAGACGUUUUGAAGGCGGUGACGGAGGCCACCCAGCAGUCCUUUGUUGCCUCCGGAUUGAAGCUUAUGACUGAGGUGAUCGGCACGGUGGCGCCUGGUCGGCGUGGGUCGUCGCUGUCGGGCAAUGACGCCGAGCCCGCGCAACGAAGGGAGGCCCACAAGCAGGGGCAGAAAAGGGAGGGCGGCGGCUUUGGGGGGGACGGAGAUGAUGCGGUGAGCAUGAAGCGGAGCAAAGGAGCAGGAGGGAGCCGCGACGUCGGCGCGGUGGGUCCAUGCGACUCAAGGACUCACUCGCCGAGCGUGAUCGACCAGCUGAAGAAGAACGGGGCCAAGGUGAUAAGUGGGAAAGGGUUGAGCGACAAGGAGAUCCCCGCCGCUCAAACGGCGACAGAUGGCGGCGCCAGAACCGUCCCGGGACCGUCUGUCGCGGCGGAUGGGACCACGUCGAUUCCCCGUCAGCCUCCUGCGGCUAGCAGCGCGCCGAUUGGCCCGUCAGGCGCCGAGAACGAUGGGCCGGCCCUUGCGGCUACUCCAGCUCUAGCAGGCCCGUCCGCCGCCAAGGGCGACGCGGCGAACGCGCUCAAAGAACUGCUCGACCGCAUGGCGGCGAGUCGCAAGGGUAUGCCGCAGCAUCCCGCUGUCGAGGCCGCCCCCGCCAAAACGACACGUAGCUCGGUCAUUCAGCACGUCACGGCCCCAACGUCUGGUGCCCCACCUACAGCGUCUCCGGUCGCCGCCUGUCCUCCUGCGGACCCGAGAUCCGCAUUGCUUCUCGCACAGUUAGGCGCACGUAGAGCGGCAGGGUCUCAGCCGGAAGUUGGCACAAGCGCGACGCCGGCGUCGGGGAAUGUGGCAGCUCUCACCCCCGCAGCAGCUGUUGUCGAUGCAGGGGCGCAGAAGGGUGUGCGUGCAGCUCUUGCCACCGGCGGCGACACCGUUGACAUGGAGGUAGACCUUGUACAGGCGGAGAAGGGCUUCUACGACGUCGACAUCGCCGCCAUCCAGACCCAUUUGGAAGCAGCCAAACGCACCGGGCACCCCCCUGCUCUGGCCAUCUCGGACACGGCACAUGUGGAGCCCUCGGCGAGUCCCGCCGGUGGUUCAGUGGAGCCAACGACUGCUACGGAUGCUGUCGGCGAGGGAAAGUCGAAACGGAAGGGGAAGGCCGAUAUAGGGAAAGGGAAGGAGAGCUCUCAGAGGAAAACGCGGGCGAUGUCGGCGACGAAGGAGAUGUCGGACGAGAAAGGGAAGGAGAAGGCGGAGGAGAAUUAG